AUGUCUUACCAACGGUCUAUUCCAAGCAACAACAAUCACGCGAUUUCUGAGCGUGACCAUCUGGAUGAGCUGUUGGAUGCCGUCAAGAAAGAGUUCGACAGUCUCACCAGAGAAACAACAAUCUACAAAGACCAUCACCACGAUUAUGAGCUGAAGAUAAACCAGCAACACCAGGAGUUAACAGACAUCAGAAAUACGGUCUACGAGCUUGAGCAGGCUCAUAGAACCAUGAAAGAAGCGUACGAGAAGGAGAUUCUGAGAUUGAAACAGGACUUGGAAAACAGGGACAGACUUUUCCAACAGCAAUCUUUGCAACAGGCCCAGGCUCAGGCUCAGGCCCAAGCUCAGGUCAAAGCUCAGUCUCAGCAACACCCGCUUUUGGACAGACCUCAAAGCUCGUUCCCGCAAACACCGCAACAGCUUCCUCCUCCAAACCUCAGCGGUUCUCCAUCCGACUACAGGGGUGCAGCAUCGGGCUUUAACGGUGCCCUUCCCCAGAUCAGUGCCCAAGGUUCAGGGUCCAAGUCGGACUUGGCCCAGAACUCCCAACUGCCUCCACCACCUCCGGCAACCACCCAAGAGCAACAGGCUGCGUCGCAGUCGCAACAGUCGUCGGAGAAAGUGUCGGCUGCAGCUACUCCAGGCGGAACUCAAGCCGCACAGACUGCAGUUGUCAAGAGCGAGGCCGAAUCGAGCUACGCUGUCAGAGCUCAGCAUAACAAGCCGUUGCCAGCCUUUUUACAGGAUUUCGACUCAUAUGCCACGUUGCCAUACAAAAAACAGUUCAGCGAGUACUACCUUGUUUACAAUCCAAAUGUGCCAAAGAAAAUCGACACAUCCCUUGUCCACUCGUUCGAUCACACUUCGGUGGUUUGCUGUGUUCGGUUCUCGGCAGACGGUAAGUUCUUGGCCACCGGCUGCAACAAGCUUACCCAGGUUUUCAGUGUUGAAACUGGAGACCUGGUUGCCAGAUUGAGCGACGAGUCUUCUGCCAGCUCGAACGGAUCUUACGACACCGACACUGGGGAUUUGUAUAUUAGAUCUGUGUGCUUCUCGCCAGACGGCAAGUUCCUUGCCACUGGUGCUGAGGAUAAGAUCAUCAGAAUCUGGGAUCUUGCUACCAGAACCAUUGUGAAAUACUUGAAGGGACACGAGCAAGACAUCUACUCUUUGGACUUUUUCCCUGACGGAUCCAAGCUGGUUUCUGGUUCCGGAGACAGAACAGUGAGAAUUUGGGACGUGUUUACUGGUCAAUGUUCGUUGACCCUUAGUAUCGAGGACGGAGUUACGACCGUUGCUGCUUCUCCUGAUGGAAAACUAAUUGCUGCAGGCUCCCUGGACAGAACCGUGCGUGUUUGGGAUGCCAAUCAAGGCUUUUUGGUCGAAAGACUCGAUUCUGCUAACGAGAGCGGGAAUGGUCACAUGGAUUCUGUUUACUCUGUGGCUUUUACCCACGACGGUAAAGAAAUUGCUUCUGGAUCGUUGGACAGAACCGUGAAGCUGUGGUCUUUGAAAGAUCUGCAAAAACAACAAGGUUCUUCCAAGUCCAACUGCGAGGUCACUUAUGUUGGCCACAAGGACUUCGUGCUUUCUGUGUGCUGCACUCCAGACGACGAGUUUAUUCUCUCUGGAUCCAAGGACAGAGGCGUUCUCUUAUGGGAAAAGGCUACUGGAGAACCAUACAUCAUGCUUCAAGGUCAUAGAAAUUCCGUUAUCAGCGUGAACGUGUCACCGGUGAUGACUCCCAAAAGAGGUGUCAACGGAGGAUACUUUGCUACAGGAUCUGGAGAUUGUAAGGCAAGAAUCUGGAGAUGGGAGAAGGUGUCUUCCUAA